AUGUCAACGUACGAAGAAUUUAUUGAGCAAAAUGAAGAGCGUGAUGGUGUUCGCUUGUCGUGGAAUGUUUGGCCAGCUAGUAGAUUAGAAGCAACCCGUCUUGUUGUACCAGUAGGUUGUCUUUACCAGCCAUUGAAAGAAAGACCUGAUUUACCACCAAUACAGUAUGAUCCUGUACUAUGUACACGUAAUGCUUGUCGAGCAAUUUUGAAUCCUUUAUGUCAAGUGGAUUAUAGAGGCAAAAUGUGGAUAUGUAAUUUUUGUUUUCAAUGUAAUUCUUUUCCUCCUCAAUAUGGAGCAAUUUCAGAUCAACACCAACCAGCUGAACUUAUUCCAGCAUUUUCUACCAUUGAAUACUCAAUAACAAGAUCUAAAACCAUGCCACCUAUAUUUUUGUUUGUUGUGGAUACUUGUAUGGAUGAUGAAGAACUUGGCGCUCUUAAAGACUCUUUACAAAUGUCUCUUAGUUUAUUACCACCAAAUGCUCUUGUUGGAUUAAUCACAUUCGGAAAUGUUGUUCAGGUCCACGAAUUGGGUUGUGAAGGUAUUUCUAAGUCAUACGUGUUUAGAGGUACUAAAGACUUGCCACCAAAACAAAUUCAAGAUAUAUUAGGAAUUGGAAAAUAUGCUGCUCCAGCUGCACAAGCUGGUAUGCCCCAACAGCAAGCACAACAACAACAAGUAAAUGUACCAGCAAACAGAUUUAUACAACCGGUUCAAAAUUGUGAUGUGAAUAUGUCAGACUUAUUAAAUGAGCUUUUAAAAGAUCCGUGGCCUGUUUCACAAGGAAUGAGACCAUUAAGGAGCACAGGAAUGGCAUUAUCCAUUGCUGUUAGCUUAUUGGAGUCUACAUAUCCACAAACUGGUGCACGUAUAAUGUUAUUUGUUGGUGGAGCAUGUUCCCAAGGUCCAGGUCAUGUAGUUAAUGAAAAGUUAUCCGAUACAAUUCGUUCCCACGACCAAAUAAUGAAAGAUAAUGCUCCAUAUAUGAAAAAAGCAACUAAACAUUACGAUACCUUAGCAGUUCGUGCUGCAACCAAUGGACAUACAAUUGAUAUCUAUGCGUGUGCUUUAGAUCAAACUGGCUUGAUGGAAAUGAAGCAAUGUUGUAAUACGACUGGUGGCCAUAUGGUAAUGGGUGAUUCAUUCAAUUCAUCUUUAUUCAAGCAAACGUUCCAAAGAGUAUUGGCGCGAGAUCAUGAAAACAAUUUAAAAAUGGCAUUUAAUGCUACUCUGGAAGUAAAAACAUCUAGAGAAUUGAAAAUUAUGGGCGCAAUAGGUCCAUGUGUAUCAUUAAGUAUCAAAAACCCAUGUGUAUCUGACUGUGACUUAGGUUUAGGUGGUACAUGUCAAUGGAAAAUGUGUGGCUUGAUGCCUAACACUACAUGUGCAUUUUUCUUCGAAAUUGUUAAUCAACAUGGAUCACCUAUACCUCAGGGAGGACGUGGUUGCAUUCAGUUUAUUACUCAGUACCAACAUUCCAGUGGCUAUAAACGAAUAAGAGUCACCACAUUAGCUAGGAAUUGGGCAGACCCUGUGCAAAAUAUGAUGCAUGUUAGUGCAGCAUUUGAUCAGGAGGCAUCUGCAGUUUUAAUGGCUCGUAUGGUAGUGAACCGUGCUGAAACUGAAGAUAGUCCAGAUGUUAUGCGGUGGGCUGAUCGUACGCUUAUACGCUUGUGUCAGAAAUUUGGUGACUAUCAAAAAGAUGAUCCAAAUAGUUUCCGAUUGCCAGAAAACUUCAGUUUAUAUCCACAGUUCAUGUAUCAUUUAAGAAGGUCUCAAUUUCUACAAGUUUUUAACAAUAGUCCUGAUGAAACAUCAUAUUAUAGACACAUGUUGAUGCGUGAAGAUGUUACACAGAGUUUAAUCAUGAUACAACCUAUUCUGUACAGCUAUAGUUUUAAUGGUAGGCCAGAGCCUGUACUUUUGGAUACCAGCAGUAUUCAACCCGACAAAAUAUUAUUGAUGGACACAUUUUUCCAUAUUUUGAUAUUCCACGGAGAAACUAUUGCUCAAUGGAGAGCUAUGGAUUAUCAAAAUAGACCAGAGUAUAGUAACUUCAAACAGUUGCUUCAAGCUCCAGUUGAUGAUGCUCAAGAAAUCCUCAAAACUCGAUUCCCAAUGCCUCGGUAUAUUGACACAGAACAAGGCGGUAGUCAGGCAAGAUUUUUAUUAUGCAAAGUUAACCCAUCUCAAACACAUAAUAAUAUGUAUGCUUAUGGAGGUGAUGGUGGAGCACCAGUUUUGACAGAUGAUGUAAGCUUGCAACUGUUUAUGGAACAUUUGAAAAAGCUAGCUGUCUCAUCCAAUGCGUAG